AUGUAUAAACCGGCAGUGAAAGUGGCUUCCUCCCCGACCACUUCCUUCUCACCCUUCGAGACCGGAAAUGUACGGAAGGACGUCACGUGGUAUGAGACACAUGACGGUCAAACCCCAAAUUCAUACAGAAUGAGGAACACUUUGCUGGUGGUGAUCCUCGUGGCGUUUGGAGGCGUCCUGGGAGACGAGAAAACCGAGGACUGGAAAUGGGAUUCGAAGAACCAGGGAGAAGAGAAACCUCAUUCUCCGGGACCGGAUUCCAGUCGGGUAUCCAAGAAACUCUCUUUCCCUCCCGAAAGUGAAUCUUCCGCCGUCGAUACCAAGAGGCAUGCGGAGUACUCGCGUGGUCACUACGGGCCCGUUCAGUAUGGGUCUGGUGAAGGGUGGCAGGAAGUCCCUUUGGAACAUGAUGUCAUUCCCACGAAGAACACGGAAUCUAGGGGAUUCAAAGACGCGCUUUGCAAGUUUGGCAUCGGCUGCAAAAAGGGAGGCGGAAUCAGCCCGCACGACGUCGUCUACGUCCAGCCGGUCAAGAUAGUCGCAGCUGGAGGCCACAUACCCGCCAUCAUCAAGAAGAAACCCAAGUACAAGAAAUAUAAGAAGGGUCUGUUCGGUGGGGGUGGUUCCUCCAGUAGUUCGAGUGGUGGCAUCGGUGGCUAUGCGGCCGGUCUCAGUAGCAGUAGCAGCAGCGGAGGCCUGGGAUAUGCACCCUCUCACAGCUAUGGAUUAAACGAGAAUCACAACCACCACCACAACCACAUCCACCACCUCCCACAACCUCCACCGAUACCGCGUCCGAUACCGGUGCCUCAACCGAUUCCAGUGCCGCAACCGAUUCCAGUGCCCCGACCGAUACCCGUUCCCUAUCCUACCUACUCUUCCAGCGGAGGACCAGCAUACGGUGGCCACGGCGUAGGACCUUCAUUCGGUGGCCAAGGCGUAGGACCUUCAUUCGGUGGCCACAGCAUAGGACCUUCGUACGGUGGCUCGUCCGGUGCGGGACCGUAUAGUAACUCGUACAACAGUCCCCGAGCCGACAAGAAACUGGGAACCUCUAACAGUCAAGAGAAUUUCAGGAUACCCAAUUAUGCGUCUAGCCGACCUGUUCCUACCACGUACUUGACGGCCAACGUGAAUUCACCUUCCCGACCGGUGUCUCUGUCGGUGACACCGGUGAGAUCCCAGUACUCCGGAAGUCAGUCCACUCCUCUGUAUAGCCAACGCCCUCAAAGCUACCAGGGACAGGUUUCCAGUGCUCUGUAUACCCAAGGGCUACAGACCUCUGGCAGUUAUCAGGGUACUCCGGUGUACGGUUCCCAAUCGCUAGCGAAUGGCCAAGGUGUUCGGCCCAUCAGAAACACUCAACAACAGUAUUACCAGUCGCAGUCCACCUACAACCAAGCUUUGGGUAAAACCGGAGACUGUCUUUGCGUCUCGGCUCACCUCUGUCCGGCGCUGAACGCCGCCCAGCGGGAAACUGGACAGGCCCCCUACACGAACCUGGAUCCCAGGGCCAAUCAAGAAGCCGCGGAAGUUGUGGCUGCCGCAGACGGAGAAUACACCACGUCCCAAGGUAGAACGGCGAAGAAGAUCGAUGCCUCCGAGAACGACGUGAGACCGUCCAACUCGUCCGUGACGAGACGCAAACGCGACACCGAUGAAUCCGACGAUCAAGUCCAACCGCAAGCCCGAUCGGACGACAAGGACAUAAAGCCGCAAUUCGGCGUGAGCCUCUUCACUCGUCCCUACAACUGGAACUUUGACGGGGAAUACCCCCUCUCCCUCCUACCCCAGAUCGGGAUCGGGGUCGAGGUGGAGGAUGGAAAGCCUGUGAUCAAACCCAAAUUUAACCUGAAUGUCCUGCCCCACUACCUCCCGGGUGGGGGUCGCACCGUCGGCCACCAACCGGUUAAACCCGGCCCCGCUUACCCCGGUAUUGCACCUUAUGCCCCUCCCGUUCCCCCGCACGGUCACUACGGUAACCAGCACCAUCACCAACACGACCACAUCUAUCGCUAUUACCCCUACUACGUUCCUCGCUACUACCCGUAUUAUUACCCCGUACCUCAGCCAGUACCCCAGCCAGUACACGUCGAUCACUACCAGGGUAGCUCUGGGCAUCACCCAUACACCGAUGACCUCUUUUCUUCCUCUGGGUACGCUGACUCUGCCGAGGCCCUGUACAAAGAAGUGUCUCACGAAGACACGCUCUCGUUGGACACGAGCAACUAUUACGACACGUCGUUGACUCCUUCACACUACCUCCACGACGCAUCCGACGAAUCAACUUACACCACAUUCGACGAUUCCUUUUCCAAGUAUCCCAGCUACGCUAACGCUCACACCUAUCAGACCCAAGUUCAUAAUCCUGUCCCUCUUUAUCAGAGCACUGGGGCUCCUCCACCUUACCCUGCCCAUCAGCCUGGACCUUCGUUUCCUCAACAGGGUCAAUACCAAUCUCCAUCACCUUACCCUUCCGGGACCAGUUUUCAGACCACGAUCCAUCAGACCUCGAACCCCUACCCCCAGACCUCGAACCUCUACCCCCAAACCUCGAUCCUCAAUCCCCAGACCUCGCACCCCUAUCCCCAAACCUCGAACCCCUACCCCCAGACCUCGAACCUCUACCCCCAGACCUCGAUCCUCAAUCCCCAAACCUCGAACCUCUACCCCCAGACCUCGAUCCUCAAUCCCCAAACCUCGAACCCCUACCCCCAGACCUCGAUCCUCAAUCCCCAAAGCUCGACUUACCAAUCGAGCUCCGUCCAUCAAACCCCGAAUCCUCUAUACGGUUCUAAGUCGCCGUACAGCUUCUCCGGAUCCGUAAAUGGUAUCGUAUUUCGUGAUUCGAAGCUUCGUCGUAAACGAAGUCCUCAGAAUUAUCAGGAUGCAGUCGUUAUCACGAAUCCUUCUGUCAACCCGGGUCAGGCACCCGUCGUUGCAGGUGGGCCUGGAACUUCUCCGAUCACUGGAGGCUUUCCAGUCACUUCUCCCAUCGUGUCUGGAUCUCCCGGUGUCUCUCCGGUUGUAGGGAAUCCCGGUUACGGGUAUGGGCAAGGUGGCUAUGGGGGCGGGCCAGGUCUCUUCGGUCUUCUUAAUCCGGCAAAUCUCUUCAACCCGAACAAGUUCUCGGGGCUUUUCAAACCCCUAGGGAGUGGUUUGACUCAGGGAUCUUACCCUUUUCUCACUCAAACCAAUCAGGGAGAUUCUUUCAAUCAGGGGGUAAAUCCUGCCGCAUUUGGGGGCGGUGGAGGGUAUCCUGGAGGGUAUCCUGGAGGGUACCCUGGAGGGUAUCCAGGAUACCCUGGGUAUCCGGGAGCUGGUGCAGGUCUUUUGGGAGGGCUGGCAAGCGGUGGUAAAAAACUGUACGAUCUGUUCAAGAAAAAGCAUCAGCAGCCGUCGUAUUCCCCCACUCAAUCCAAGCCGCAGGACGAUAAGAAAAAGGACAAGAAACUAGAUUUCAGGCCCGAGUUCGGAGUGAAUUUUUUCACACCGCCUCACUACGUCCGUUUGGACAAGUAUACCGGAGUCAGCCUUCUGCCUCAGGUGGGAAUCGGCGUCGAAGUCGGGAAAAAAGGGAAGGGGAAACUCCUGCCAAAUUUCAAUCUGAAUUUGAUCCCCGACGGGAUCAUCCCACCUUAUGCGCUGGGACCUCGCCCCUAUGCACCCAGCUACGCCAGUACCUACAACCACAUCGGUUACGAGGGACAUCUCACACCUCCUGUUCCUGGUCCUCCUCCUGGUCCCAUCAACCCAGCUGUCCUCCAUUACUUGAAUCACCAGCAGAUCUUACAGGGUAAUCCACCCCCACCCCUACCCCCACCCCCACCUCCACCUCCUCCUCCGCCACCUCCAUUUCCUUACGGUGGAAAUCCUUACGGUGGAAAUCCUUACGGUGGAGAUCCUUACGGCCCCAUCCACGAAGAACCUCUUUCUCCCAUCACACCCGACUAUGAUUCCCAUGUUGGACCUUACGACCCAUUUCUAAGGACGAGUAACGCAUCGAUUUCAGCAGAGUCCAGCACCCAGGCCCGACGCAGCACUUCGUCCCCUAUCGGCGGUUACUAUCGGACUCAGAGAACUUUCCCCACCGAUCCCAGAACGAACGUCCACAGAGGCGAACGAACGACGGCGACCGGAUUCGUGAGGUUUCCGUCCGUUUCCGGACGACGAGGGGGACGAAGACGACGUCGACGUGCACGUCACGCACUGGACGCACCCCAACGACGCAUCUCCUCUUCGUCCCGGGUUAUGGAUUUCCCUCCCUUCGACGAGUACUACCAGUCCGUCAGUAGCCCUUCUAGUCGGGAGUCUCGUCGGUACUACUCUCCUGGUACUCACUCGAUAGAACAGCUCUCGUCGUACCCUAGCAUUCCCCAACCUUCCAACAGCCUGCAUCUCAGUAACGUCCAGAUCCACCCCACCGAUCCAUCCCACCCGAUCCAAAUCGUGAACGAACCCCGUCAAUUCGGAGGAGCGGCGUAUCUUCCGGGUCCGACCGGGUGUCAGGCUUACGACGUCUGCUGUCCCUCGGGGUACCUCGGCGGUGGAUCCUCCGUUCCUCAGGGACCGAUCGGUGGGGCCAUUCCUCAGGGGCCGAUCGGCGGUGCGGCGUCGCCGGGGCAAUGCGGCUUCAGGAAUGCCCGAGGAGUGACGGGUCGGGUGAGGAACAUUCACUACGCCGAGGGAGACGCCGAAUUCGGGGAGUAUCCUUGGCAGGCGGCAAUCCUGAAGAAGGAGGGACACGAUAACGUGUACGUUUGCGGAGGAACUCUCAUCGACUCCAUCCACGUCUUGACUGCCGCCCACUGCAUCAAGGGGUAUCAGCCGUACGAUCUGAGAGUCCGGCUGGGAGAAUGGGACGUGAACCACGACACGGAAUUCUACACGCACAUCGAGAAGGACGUGCACGGGCUUCAGGUCCAUCCCGAGUUCUACGCCGGGAGCCUGUACAACGAUUUGGCCAUCAUUCGGAUGGAUUCCCCCGUCGACUUUCGAUACAAGUACGUCGUUUUGGAUUCGGGGAAUGAGCGCUGGAUGAGUCCUGGAUGA